UCCAGGAGGACUAAUCAGUAGUACUAACCUGAUCAUCAUGAUGAAGCUCAUCCUUUCUCUCACUCUCAUCUGGACUCUCUGCAGUACAGCUGGAGCCCUUCAGUGUCAAAACUGCACAGAUGUAGCGUGUUCAACCACAGAAUCAAUAACAUGUCCCACAGGGACGAUGUGUAUAACAGCUUCCAUUCUAGCUAAUUUAAAUGGAAUGGAACAAAACCAAAUCUUCAAGUCAUGUGCAUUGCCCUCCCUGUGUCCAUCCACCGGCCCUCAGACAUUUUCAGCUAGCUUGCUUGCUGCAAGUGUUCUUGCAUCUGCUGAGUGCUGCAACACAGACGACUGCAACGCACCAACUCAACCUGCCCCAGUUCUUCAGCCAAAUAAUGGACAACUGUGUCCUUGUAGCCCCCCAUCCUCAAUGUGCAGCGUUCCAUGCAGGGGAGCUGAGGACACAUGCUUUCAAGCUGAUGUGAUAAAUGGGGCCUUGGGAUCUCCAGUGUUUGGCUGUGCAUCAGCAAAUUUCUGUACUGCUGCCACGACACAAGGAAGUGUGCCUUUCUUGGACAUUGUUGGUACCAUUACAAAUGGACCAACCUGCUCUCCUAUACAAACAACUGCUACCCCAACCACAUCUGCUGCAACAACGACUAGUGCCCCAACCACAACAGCUGUCCCAACCACAACCACUGCUCAAACAACUGCUGCCCCAACAACAGCUGCUGCCCCUAUGACUACUGCCCCAAUCACAACUGCUGCUGCAACAACAACUGCUGCCCCAACCACGACUGCUGCCUCAACCACAACUUCUGCCCCAACAACUGCUGCCCUGACCACAACUGCUGCUGCAACAACUGCUGCCCCAACAACUACUGCCUCGACAACAACUGCUGCUCCAACCACAACUGCUGCCGCAACAACUGCUGCCCCAACUACAACCGCUGCCACAACAACAACGGCUGCCCCAGCAACUACUGCAGUAAAAACAACUGCUGCCCCAACCACAACUGCUGCCCCAAAAACAAUUUCUGGCCCGACCACAUCUGCUGCCCCAACCACAGCUGCUGCCCCAACUACAACCGCUGCCGCAACCACAACUGCUUUCCCAACCACAACCGCUGCCCCAACAACAACUGCUGCCCUGACCACAACUGCUGCCGCAACAACUGCUGCCCCAACCACAAUGGCUGCCGCAACAACAACGGCUGCCCCAACAACUACUGCACUAACAACAACUGCUGCCCCAACCACAACUGCUGCUGCAACAUUAACUGCUGCCCCAACCACAACUGCUGUCCCAACAACAACUGCUGCCCCGACCACAACUGCUGCCCCAACAACAACUGCUGCCCUGACCAUAACUGCUGCCCCAACAACAACUGCUGCCCCAACCACAACUGCUGCCGCAACUACAACCACUGGCGCAACAACAACGGCUGCCCCAACAUCUACUGCAGUAACAACUGCUGCCCCAAUCACAACUGCUGCCCCAACAACAACUGUUGCUGCAACAUCAACUGCUGCCCAAACCACAACUGCUGCCCCAACAACAGCUGCUGCCCUGACAACUGCUGCCCCAACCACAACUGCUGCCCCAACUACAACCGCUACCGCAACAACAAUUGCUGCCCCAACCACAACUGCUGCCUCAACUACAACCGCUUCCGCAACAACAACUGCUGCAACAAUGACUGCUGCCCCGACUACAACUGCUGCCCCAACAACUGCUGCCCCAACCACAACUGCUGCCACAACAACAACUUCUGCCCCGACCACAUCUGCUGCCCCAACCACAACUGCUGCCCCAACUACAACCGCUGCCACAACCACAACUGCUUUCCCAACCACAACCGCUGCCCCAACAACAACUGCUGCCCUGACCACAACUGCUGCCGCAACAACUGCUGCCCCAACCACAACUGCUGCCCCAACCACAACUGUUGCUGCAACAUCAACUGCUGCUCCAACCACAACUGCUGCCCCAACAACAACUGCUGUCCUGACCACAACUGCUGCCGCAACAAUGGCUGCCCCAACAACUACUGCACUAACAACAACUGCUGCCCCAACCACAACUGUUGCUGCAACAUUAACUGCUGCCCCAACCACAACUGCUGUCCCAAAAACAACUGCUGCCGCGACCACAACUGCUGCCCCAACCACAACUGCUGCCCCAACAACAACUGCUGCCCUGACCACAACUGCUGCCGCAACUACAACCACUGCCGCAACAACAACGGCUGCCCCACCAUCUACUGCAGUAACAACAACUGCUGCCCCAACCACAACUGCUGCCCCAACUACAACCGCUGCCGCAACAACAACGGCUGCCCCAACAUCGACUGCAGUAACAACAACUGCUGCCCCAACCACAACUGCUGCCCCAACUACCACCGCUGCCGCAACAACAACGGCUGCCCCAACAUCUACUGCAGUAAGAACAACUGCUGCCCCAAUCACAACUGCUGCCCCAACCACAACUGUUGCUGCAACAUCAACUGCUGCCCAAACCACAACUGCUGCCCCAACUACAACCGCUACUGCAACAACAACUGCUGCCCCAACCACAACUGCUGCCCCAACUACAACCGCUACCGCAACAAAAACUGCUGCAACAACGACUGCUGCCCCGACAACUGCUGCCCCAACAACUGCUGCCCCAACCACAACUGCUGCCCCAGUGACGACUAGUGCCCCAACUACAAUUGCUGCCCCAACCACAACUGCUGCCCCAACCACAACUGCUGCCCCAACAAUGACUGGAACCCCAACAACUGCUGCCCCAACAACAACUGCUGCUGCAACCACAACCGCUGCCCCAACAACACCUGUUGCUGCAACAACUGCUGCCCCAACCACAACCGCUGCUCCAACAACUGCUGCCCCAACCACGACUGCUGCCUCAACAACGACUGGAAUCCCAACAACUGCUGCCCCAACAACAGCUGCUGCCCUGUCCACAACUGCUGCCGACACUACAACCGCUGCCGCAACAACAACGGCUGCCCCAACAUCUACUGCAGUAACAACAACUGCUGCCCCAACCACAACUGCUGCCCCAACUACAACCGCUGCCGCAACAACGGCUGCCCCAACAACUACUGCAGUAACAACAACUGCUGCCCCAAUCACAGCAGCUGCCCCAACCACAACUGUUGCUGCAACAACGGCUGCCCCAACAUCUACUGCAGUAACAACAACUGCUGCCCCGACCACAUCUGCUGCCCCAACCACAACUGCUGCCCCAACUACAACCGCUGCCACAACCACAACUGCUUUCCCAACCACAACCGCUGCCCCAACAACAACUGCUGCCCCAAUCACAACUGCUGCCCCAACCACAACUGUUGCUGCAACAUCAGCUGCUGCCCAAACCACAACUGCUGCCCCAACUACAACCGCUACUGCAACAACAACUGCUGCCCCAACCACAACUGCUGCCCCAACUACAACCGCUACCGCAACAACAACUGCUGCAACAACGACUGCUGCCCCGACAACAACUGCUGCCCCAACAACUGCUGCCCCAACCACAACUGUUGCCCCAGUGACGACUAGUGCCCCAACUACAAUUGCUGCCCCAACCACAACUGCUGCCCCAACCACAACUGCUGCCCCAACAAUGACUGGAACCCCAACAACUGCUGCCCCAACAACAACUGCUGCUGCAACCACAACCGCUGCCCCAACAACACCUGUUGCUGCAACAACUGCUGCCCCAACCACAACCGCUGCUCCAACAACUGCUGCCCCAACCACGACUGCUGCCUCAACAACGACUGGAAUCCCAACAACUGCUGCCCCAACAACAGCUGCUGCCCUGACCACAACUGCUGCCGACACUACAACCGCUGCCGCAACAACAACGGCUGCCCCAACAUCUACUGCAGUAACAACAACUGCUGCCCCAACCACAACUGCUGCCCCAACUACAACCACUGCCGCAACAACGGCUGCCCCAACAACUACUGCAGUAACAACAACUGCUGCCCCAAUCACAGCAGCUGCCCCAACCACAACUGUUGCUGCAACAACGGCUGCCCCAACAUCUACUGCAGUAACAACAACUGCUGCCCCGACCACAUCUGCUGCCCCAACCACAACUGCUGCCCCAACUACAACCGCUGCCACAACCACAACUGCUUUCCCAACCACAACCGCUGCCCCAACAACAACUGCUGCCCUGACCACAACUGCUGCCGCAACAACUGCUGCCCCAACCACAACUGCUGCCCCAACCACGACUGCUGCCCUGACCACAACUGCUGCCGACACUACAACCGCUGCCGCAACAACAGCUGCCCCAACAACUACUGCAGUAACAACAACUGCUGCCCCAAUCACAGCUGCUGCCCCAACCACAACUGUUGCUGCAACAUCAACUGCUGCCCCAACAACAACUGCUGCCCUGACAACAACUGCUGCCCCAACAACUGCUGCCCCAACCACAACUGCUGCCCCAACUACAACCGCUACCGCAACAACAACUGCGGCCCCAACCACAACUGCUGCCCCAACUACAACCGCUACCGCAACAACUGCUGCAACAACGACUGCUGCCCCGACAACAACUGCUGCCCCAACCACAACCGUUGCCCCAGUAACGACUAGUGCCCCAACUACAAUUGCUGCCCCAACCACAACUGCUGCCCCAACCACAACUGCUGCCCCAACAAUGACUGGAACCCCAACAACUGCUGCCCCAACAACAACCGCUGCUGCAACCACAACCGCUGCCCCAACAACACCUGUUGCUGCAACAACUGCUGCCCCAACCACAAUCGCUGCUCCAACAGCUGCUGCCCCAACCACAACUGCUGCCUCAACAACGACUGGAAUCCCAACAACUGCUGCCCCAACAACAGCUGCUGCAUCAACCACAACCGCUGCCGCAACAACAACUGCUAACCCAACCACAACCACAGCUCCAACAACUGCUGCCCCAACAACUACUGCUGCUCCAACCACAACAGCAGCCCCAACAACAACUGCUGCCCCAACCACAACUGCUGCCCCAAUAACGACUAGUGCCCCAACCACAACUGCUGCCCCGACUACAACCACUGCUGCAACCACAACUGCUGCCCUAACAAUUACUGCUGCCCCAACCACAACUGCUGCCCCAACAACAAGUGCUGCCCUAACCACAACUGCUGCCGCAACAACUGCUGCCCCAACAACAACGGCUGCCCCAACAACUACUGCAGUAACAACAACUGCUGCCUCAACCACAACUGCUGCCCCAACCACAACUGUUGCUGCAACAUCAACUGCUGCCCCAACCACAACUGCUGCCCCAACAACUGCUGCCCCGACCACAACUGCUGCCGCAACCACAACUGCUGCCCCAACAACAACUGCUGCCCUGACCACAACUGCUGCCGCAACGACUGCCCCAACCACAACUGCUGCCCCAACUUCUACUGUUGCUGCAACAUCAACUGCUGCCACAACCACACCUGCUGCCCCAACAACUGCUGCCCUUACCACAACUGCUGCCGCAACAACUUCUGCCCCAACCACAACUGCACUAACAACAACUGCUGCCCCAACCACAACUGUUGCUGCAACAUCAAAUGCUGCCGCAACCACAACUGCUGUCCCAACAACAACUGCUGCCCCGACCACAACUGCUGCCGCAACAACUGCUGCCCCAACCACAACUGCUGCCCCAACUACAACCGCUGCCCCAACCACAACUGCUGCUCCAACAACACCUGCCCCAACCACAACUGCAGCCCCAACAACAAAUGUUGCCCCAACCACAACUGUUGCUGCAACAUCAACUGCUGCCCCAACCACAACUGCUGCCCCAACAACAACUGCCACCUCAACAACAACUGCUGCCCCGACCACAACUGCUGCCCCAACAACGACUGAUGCCCCAACAACAACUGCUGCACCAACCACAACAACAGCCCCGACCACAACUGCUGCUGCAACCACAAUUGCGGCCACGGCCACAACCACUGCCAGUGAUGCAUCUUGCUUCCGACUGAAUAUAUUCCACCUGCUUCUUGGAUUCCUGACCAUCAUCCUGUUUUAGGUCACAGAGACAGGGCCAGCUGCGUAUGAUGUGGCAGAAAGACUCUCAUCAGACAUUUUGCAGCUUGAACCUGGUGUUACUCCGAACUGCUUUCUUUAACAGUGAAUGGAAUCUGGAUGACACUGAGGUGGGAUAUUUUACUGAUAUAAACCCUGCCUCGGCACCGAUAUGAUUACAGUAUAUGUCUGAGAAACAUUUUAUCAAUUGCAGAGAGAAAAUUGCUUGGCAGGAUGUUUGAUUGCUUUCUGUAAUGGUUUGUGAUGUAAACCAUAUGAAAGCACAUCACAAUAACACAAGGUUUGUUUACAUGAACAACAAUGUCCGGUUGUACUCACUUCAGGCUAGCUCCUCAGAAUAUUAACCUUAGCCCAUUUCGAUGGCUUCACUCUGGCUGACUAAUAUAUGCGUCCUUGCUUUACCUGCUCUCUUUGCUUUAUAUACAUUGGGAGAAAAUGAUUAUUUUUUCUUAAUUUAUUUUUAUUUUUGUGUGUAAAUUUUUUUUUAUGUUAUUGUUGGAUUAACAUUAAUAUUAUGUGUGUACCUUGAUAAAUAAGCUAAAGUGAUUAAAUUCAACAUAUGCUGAUUAAUUUCA